AUGGGUAAAUGGACUCUGGAUUAUUACGAUGAGGUCCUGAACGCCAAAUUCAAAAGUCUUGUUUCCGGUGCCAUCACAAGGUCCGCUUUAGAGAAGGGCGAGCCCAAAAUCAGUUAUGAACGCUUUGUGGACGAAUUGGAUACAGGUGAUUCAUUUACGACCUCGGUUAUUGACUGUUUGGUCAAGGAAGUGGCAGAUCGCAGCUCUCGUCCAAAAAGCGAACGCAAUGCCGUCGCUCAGCAAACCACUAGAAGCCUUCGUCAAAUUAUAUCUGCUUCACGAUUAGGCUCAAGUCGAGGGAGUGGACGACACAACAGAAUUUUUGGCUUGAGCGACUUCCUCACCUCUGAUGCAGACAACAACUCCUCUGGAGAUGAGCUCGCUCAGUUGGACUCGGCUGAGGGUGCUCGGGUCAAUUCGGAAUUAUUUGAUGCUUACGACGCUGGAACGAGCAAUAUGUCUUUCCCGUUUCUCAGACGCUCUAGUCCAGAUCCUAUACCAAAUCAGAGAGGAUCUCCUAGCCAUGGCACUACCCCUGUGAUACCUACAUCCUCUUCACCGCGCACUCUCAGAGGUGUUAGCCUGUCACGACAACCUUCGAUACGCAGACUUCGUCGUUCUCGAGUCGUUGACUUCAAUGAAUAUACCAGUCAUCGUAGGAAUAGUUAUCGAGACACUCUGCUCGGUCGCUUGGAACAGGAAGGUUCACCCACCUCUGAAGGUACACCCGACCUUAUGCCAAUACCCACACGCCGAUUCUUUCCUGCUACCCAUCGUGAGGAAUCGCCCGAAUCGGACGAGUCAAGGUUAUCUGUUAUUCUAGGUAUCAACCCAACCUUACUCGUACCCUCUUCCUCUCGACAACGCGACACCGAAACAAGCGACGAGCGAGCGACGCAGUUGAUACGCCUCGGUGUUUUCCCUACGCCUACACCUGGAUCCGGAUCACCAUCUCGGUCGCCUCCAGUAGAAACGUCUGAAACAAUUCGGCCAUUUACCCCCUCACUCCCUUCUGUUGAUCAUGAAAAUGACGUUCCGCUUUCUGCUGCAGAAGGGGUGGCUGCAUACCCUACCCCCCGCACCGUCCCUGAUGAAAUCAUCUAG